UCGCACACUUAUCAAAGAAAAAGCGUGAACAUAUUACACGAAGAGAGAGAGAGAGAGAGAGAGAGAGAGAGAGAGAGAGAGAGAGAGAAAUAUGGGAGACGUUUGCGAGGAGAGAAGUAGCGUUUGCGUUAGCGGCGGGAGAACGCGCGUUUUGGUGGUGGGAGGGACCGGGUAUGUAGGGAAGAGGAUCGUAAGGGCGUGUUUGGCUGAAGGGCACGAGACUUACGUUUUGCAGCGUCCGGAGAUUGGAAGACACGAAAUAGAGAAAGUGCAAAUGCUUAUGUCUUUCAAGAAACUCGGCGCCAAACUCGUGGAGGCUUCGUUUUCCGACCACCGGAGUCUUGUCUCGGCCGUGAAACUGGUCGACGUCGUCAUCUCCGCCGUGUCCGGUGUCCAUUUCCGCAGCCACAGCAUACUCUUGCAGUUAAAGCUCGUCGACGCCAUCAAAGAGGCCGGAAACGUCAAGAGGUUUUUACCGUCGGAAUAUGGAAUGGAUCCGUCGCGGAUGGGGAAAGCACUGCCGCCGGGAAGAGAGACAUUUGACGAGAAAAUGGAAGUGAGAAGGGCCAUAGAAGCGGCCGGAAUCCCUCAUACUUACGUUCUCGGCGCUUGCCUCGCCUCAUAUUUUGCCGGAAGUCUCUCCCAAUUAGAAACCUUGUUCCCUCCAAAGGAAAAAGUUACUAUUUACGGCGACGGAAAUGUAAAAGUGGUGUUCGUGGACGAGGAUGACAUGGCGAGAUACAUAGCGAAAACGGUGGACGAUCCACGAACGGUGAAUAAGACAGUGUACGUGAGGCCUCCGGACAACGUUCUCACGCACAUGGAACUGGUGGGAAUAUGGGAGAAGCUGAGUGGAAAGGAAUUAGACAAGACUCAUAUCCAUGCUCAUGAUUUUCUUUCCAACAUGAAACAUUUGGACAACAAAGGACAAAAAGCGGGGAUAGGGUUCAUGUUUCACUUGUUCUACGAAGGUUGUCUCACAAAUUUCCACGUCGGAGAAGACGAAGAAGCUUCUUCACUUUACCCGGACGUGAAGUACACGCGCAUGGUUGACUACUUGAGAAUGUUCCUCUAAAUUUCCAUGUUGUUUGUUUUCACUUUAAUAUGCGUAAUUUGUGGCAUUAAUGCAAUAAAAUCAGGGGACUAAAUAUCA